CGAGAAUCCUUCUCCAUGGUUACAGAAGGGCCAAUGGGAGUUCACAAUGGCUGUUCUUUGUGCCAUCCAAUCAGGUGAAGCCGAGAGCCGGAUGUGAGGUCAGGGGCAGGACGGGAAGCUCCGUGUGAAAGAGCCAUGGAGACGGCGGGAGAAAGAGAGAGAGUGGUGUCUGUGAGAGAGGCUGAAAAUGACCCUCCUCUUGAGAGAGAAAUCCCAGGAGUGUCUCCUAGCACAAACAGGGCUGAUCCUGAGGGUGAAGUGGUACAGAGUAACAAAGAGGUGGCAUCCCUAAAUGUGACUCCUAUGCAGGAGGAGGAAAAAAGCGAAACUGAGAAGGAGAUUCUCACAUUUUCUCCCGUGUCCAGAGGAUUAUCUGGCCAUGCUUCCAAAUCUCUCCCUACACCACCCUCCUCUUCCUCGUCUCCAGUCACCAGCAGAGCCAAGAUGUCUCUAACUGGGGCAGGGAAGCUGCCACAUGCAGCACAAAGCUUAGCCAUGAGAUUGCUGAGUAUAACCAGGGAUGGAACAGACAAAGUGCACCGUGCCAGGAAGACCAUUCCCCGGGCCGGCAAUGCAACAGGGGACAUUCCGCUCUUUCCAGAUGGAGAAAGACUGGGUGCCAGAAGAGAGUCUGAGAUGGAGAAACGCGACAGCCCAGACUCCACACAAAAGAGACCCAGCUCCUCCCUGGGAACAGAAACGUCCGCAAACCGAUCCAGUGAAAUUGAGGGUACAUCUAUACCAACAUCACCUGCUCCUGGUUCAUCCCGCGACCCUGGCGGAGCAGAAACUGAAGACUGGGAGCCGGAGGUGGGGAAUGAGUUCAGCCUUUACUAUGAUAGCAUAUCACUUGAGGAUCAAGGGGACAGUGACAGUAAGGAGGAGGAGGAAGAGGAAGAAGAAGAGGGUUCUGGGAAUCAGUCAGAAAGGAGCUCCAGCAGUUUGAAGAAGAAGAGUAAAAAGAAAUGGAAGAUGGAUAAGGCUUGGCUGAAACCUACAAGAAAAAGGAAACGGAGGGAGAGAGAAAAACCUGGGUCAGCUGUCAAUUCUGCGGGGGGAACACACAGUGAGUACACGGAGGUGCCUCUGGGAGCCCUGGAUCUUCCAAGCGAAGGGGCGAUGUCUCCCAAUCAUGCAGGAGUAUGCAACGAAUCCAGCUCUAUGGACACAGAAAGGUUUGAGGAGCUUCCUCUCUGCAGCUGCCGCAUGGAAGCCCCCAGUGUGGAGAGAGUCUGUGAGCAAGCUAAUAAUGUCUGUAUGGCCACAGAGAGUGUGGAUGGAGAGCUAAGUGGAUGCAAUGCUGUAAUCACAAAACGGGAAACAAUGCGGCCUUCCAGUCGAGUUGCACUCAUGGUUCUCUGUGAGAGCCACCGCGCCCGCAUGGUCAAACAUCACUGCUGCCCAGGCUGUGGACACUUCUGUAGCACUGGAACAUUUUUGGAAUGCCACCCAGAUUUCAGGAUAAAUCAUCGUUUCCACAAGGCUUGUGUCUCACCUCUGAACGGCGUAAUAUUCUGUCCUCAUUGCGGGGAAGACGCGUCUGAAGCUGAGCAAGUUACAAUAGCAAAAGCCGAUCUCCCAAUUGCCGUUCCUGCACCGUCCCACCAUGACGGGGGCGGUCCUGGUAGGGCAGACACGACACAGCCUAGUGCAAGAAUGUGUGGUGUUGGGGAAGGAAAGCGUAAUCUCUCUGAAGAUUCCACAAUUGGUGAUGGCUCAGAUGGUCCUUGCGUUCUUCUACCAUCAGGAGCUUCUCUUAGUACUUCUGGGUUACCACCAGGACCAGCCCGAGAUGCACUCCGAAAAGCUUUACUGUCCCAGGAGACAGACAGGUCGUUAUUCACCCCUCCUGCUCCCUCCUUGCAUAGUUUGUCUCAGCAGAAGAGAGAUCGCAGGAAGAAGGUUCGAUACAACUCCCGUCAACUUUACCUGUCUGUGAAACAAGGAGAGCUGCAUAAAGUCUUACUCAUGCUCAUGGAUAAUCAAGACUCUAGUUUUCUGAAUGACCAACAGUUAAAAAGGAGUCCUCUCCAUGCAGCAGCUCAAAAAGGCAGCUUAGAAAUGGUUCACGUGCUGGUUCAGGCCGGAGCGAACUUUAAUGCCACUGACAAGGUUCUCCGUACCCCUCUGUUGGAAGCUGUGGUCAACAACCAUAUUGAAGCCGCCAAAUACUUAGUCCAGUGUGGGGCAUGUGUUUAUCAUAAGGAAGAGGACGGAUCUACGUGCCUACAUCAUGCCGCAAAGUGCGGGAAUCUGGAGAUGCUAAGUUUCCUGCUUUCUACAGGCCAAGUCAACGUCAAUGCCCAGGAUAAUGGUGGUUGGACACCGAUCAUUUGGGCUGCAGAACACAAGCACAUUGAGGUGAUCCGGAUGCUCUUAACUCGGGGUGCAGAUGUCACUCUACAGGACAACGAGAAAAACAUUUGUUUGCACUGGGCUUCCUUCACUGGCAGUGCUGACAUUGCUGAAGUUUUGCUCAACGCUCGUUGUGAGCUCCACGCGGUGAACUUCCAUGGAGACACACCUCUACAUAUUGCUGCACGCGAGGGCUUCAUCCAAUGUGUCAACCUUUUCCUUUCUCGGGGAGCCAGCACAGAAAUUCGUAAUAACGAGGGGGAUACACCAGGAGAUCUAACCCUGGAGCACACAGAUGUUUGGUACGCUCUGCAACUGAACCGUAAGAUCCGGCAUGGCAUUACCAACCGAGCUGUUCGCACAGAGAGGAUAAUCAGCAGGGACAUUGCACAUGGCUACGAACGGGUCCCAAUCCCCUGUGUGAAUGGUGUGGACGAGGAGCUAACUCCAGAUGACUAUAAAUAUGUUUCAGAGAAUUGCGAGACGUCAGCCAUGAGUAUUGAUCGCAAUAUUACUCACCUGCAGAACUGCAGUUGUCUUGAUGACUGUUCUUCUAGCAAUUGCCUAUGUGGUCAGCUCAGCAUCCGCUGCUGGUAUGACAAGGAUGGGCGUCUGCUCCAGGAGUUUAACAAAAUUGAGCCUCCACUCAUCUUUGAGUGUAACCAGGCCUGUGCUUGUUGGCAGACCUGCAAAAACCGAGUGGUACAGAGCGGCAUCAAGGUCCGUCUCCAGUUAUACCGCACUGCUAAGAUGGGCUGGGGUGUGAGAGCCCUGCAGGCCAUUCCACAGGGAUCCUUCAUCUGCGAGUAUGUAGGUGAGCUGAUCUCUGAUGCGGAAGCUGAUGUGAGAGAGGAUGAUUCCUAUCUAUUCGAUCUGGAUAACAAGGAUGGAGAGGUGUACUGUAUUGAUGCACGCUAUUACGGGAAUGUGAGUCGUUUCAUUAACCACCUGUGUGAACCCAAUUUAAUCCCUGUUCGAGUCUUCAUGUCCCACCAGGACCUACGUUUCCCUCGCAUUGCAUUCUUCAGUGGAAGGGACAUCCGUUAUGGUGAAGAGCUGGGAUUUGAUUACGGGGACCGUUUCUGGGACAUAAAGAGUAAAUACUUUACGUGUCAAUGUGGAUCAGAGAGAUGUAAGCACUCGGCAGAGGCCAUUGCGCUGGAGCAGAGCCGCCUUGCCCGCCUUGAAGUACCAGACUCCGUUCCAGCACCAGCUCCACCCCCUCAACCUGUGUGACACUUGCUAUGCCCCCAAUGCCUUUAACUUACUGCCAAGGAUGGCCUUGCAGAGUCACACCGUUAUCCCAACAGCUGUAAGAGACCCUGCCGAGCGUCACCCCGUUAGUUGACCCCACCAGUCUUGUCACUUUAGCCCUUUCCCAACUACGGAGACCCUGUUGAACUUAGUCUGUUAACAUCUUCUGUACUUGGCCAUUGUCUUGUAAAGCACCCAGACUCACAAGUGAAAAUAAAGUCCUUGAUCUUUUUUUUAUUUUAUUUUAUACACAACUGUCUACAUAUUAUUCUUCCAGUUACUAGUGGUCUAAUAAAUAAAGACAUCUGAUUUGUA